UAUCAUCAAGCCCAAGACAAAAAGCAUUGUUUGACGGCCAUUGCUGCCAAACGAGGUAGAAAGUUAGGUGAUGGUUAUAAAAUUUUGCCAGAGGACUACACGUAUAAGGGUCGGAUAAGAGAAGGAGAUGUCAAAGCUAUUACGCUUGUAAAUGAGAGUGCAAAGCAAUGUUCUCGUUCAAAGAAUGCGUACAUAGAAUACAUUGGAUAUUCUACUUGGAAUGAUUGUCACAAGGAUAAGUGCAAUUGGAAAGGCCGCAUCAUGGUUCCCCUAAACAAACCACUCAAUCUUUGUAAUAUUGAAUGCUCUGGUGAUCAUGAUCCUGACCACAUCUGGCAAAAACCACAUCGAAUGACAACAUCAGUUAGAAAAACAAUCUCAAGCAGAGCCACAAAUACAACUCCCUCCAUAAUGGCAACAGAAUUUAUGAACAAUGCGAAGAUUUUUAGUAUAAACCCUAGCACUCCUGCUAACCAUGUUCAACCAACUUCUACUCGAUUUGCGUCCAAUUUCGAGGUCAUUCAAAAUGCUCUCAAGUAUGACAAAAAAUUGCAUUAUCCAAGUGCACUAGAGUUUGAAAAGGUUUGUUCUAUAAUGAAUACUUACGAGAAAGAACGCAUUGUUAUAUCAAAACAAUAUGGCAUUAAAGAUGCCGACAAUUCAAAAGAUCAAGCUGUGCUUCUUGGUAUCGCAUCAACUAUAAUGCUGGAGCUGUUGUCCAAAUAUCCAGAUUUUUUGGCUGUGGACUCUACUAAUCGUCGCAAUAGUCUAAACUUUCCAAAUACUGCUUUUAUGAUUAGAUUAGAUGAAUCUCGUGGUCAGAUUGUAGCAACAUUCAUAAGCAAUAAAGAAAUCAUACCAGUUGUCAGUCUGAUGUUUGAACAAUAUCAAAAAUGGCAUUCGACUGAACUCUCAAUGGUUAGCUAUGGACAAGCUGCCACUGGGAUUAUCUCAUUAGCUACUGCAGAGACUAUUAUAUCUUAUUUUCAGGUAUACUGGUUUGAUGAUUGGAUUG